AGAGAACUCUUCGUGACAUCGGCCGUCGUCGGCGGUCGAUCUUGCAAGGGUCGGCCCGUGCACCGCCCGCAUCCUCUCGCGCCGCUUCUUGCGCCCCCGCGCGGCCGCAACCCAUUGCGCGCGCCCCCGCCAUGUCGGCGCAGCUCAUGAAGCGGUCCAAGAGCAGCGAGCUCCUCGGCGAGCCGCUGCCCUUCAUCAAGGCCGACUCCGCCGAGGACCUCCUCGCGCUCGACGCCUACCGCCUCGACUACGCGUCCCACCGCCUCGGCCACGCCAGGGGCGCCAAGGGCGAGCGGCCCGCGACCUUGGCGACGGCCGGCGACGCCGCGCGCCUCGAGCGCGAGGCCGCGCUCUACCGGGAGUUGAAGCUCGCCAACGAGGCGCUGGCGGCGGCGCGCGAGCGCGUCGCCGACCUGACGAAGACGACGCGCGACCUCGAGGCCGUGAGACUGUCGUACGCGACCGCCGACGAGAUGCUCUCGGCGCCGCAGCGCCGCGCGCGCGCGGAGCUCCGGGACCGCCUGGAGCGCCGGUCCGCGUCGCGGUCCGCGCGCGUCGACGCGGCGAAGAGCGUCAUCAAAACCUCCGGCGGCGGCAUCGACUGCGCGACGUACUCGUUCACGACCGGCGGGGCCGUCGUCACCGACGUCCGCGUCGCGCGCGGCGUCGUCCGCGACCCGCGCGCGGCGGCCUUCGAGAUCAUCCCGGAAGCUUCCGCGUCGAGCCCGCUGUUCGUGUUCACGGACGAGACGGUCAACGGGCUCUACGGCGACGGCUUCUUGGAAGGUUUGGAGGCCAUGGGGUAUAGAGUCCAUCGCGUCGUCAUCCCCGACGGCGAGGACGCGAAAACUUUAGAGGUCUACGCGGAGCUCGCGGAGCGCGUCAUCUCCAUGGGCAUCGACAAGCACUCCGUGAUGAUCUCCCUCGGCGGCGGCGCCGUCGCGAACGUCUGCGGCUUCGUCGCGUCGACGCUGCACCGCGGCGUCGGCCUCGUCCACUUCCCGACGACGCUCCUCGCGCAGUGCGACGCGGCCAUCUCCCACAAGCAGGCCGUCAACGCCAAGCACGGCAAGAACCUCGUGGGGUCCUACUACGCGCCCAUCCGCAUCAUCGUGGACCCGGACGUGCUCGCGACGUUGGACGACUGGCUGCUGCCCGACGGCAUGGGCGAGAUCGUCAAGCACGCGCUGUGCCAGGACGCGGAAUUACUGCACAUGCUCGACGACUACGACGGCCCGCUGCUGAACCCGGCCUUCCUCGAGAAGGUCAUCCGCCGGACCAUCGAGCUCAAGUGCCAGGUCAUCGACAUCGACCCCAAGGAGAAGCGCGAGGCCGUCGUGCUCAUCUACGGCCACACGCUCGGCCACCCCGUCGAGGCCAUCUCGCACCGGCCGGGGUCGCUCUGCUGCCUGAGCCACGGCCAGGCCGUCGCCAUCGGCUGCGUCAUCGCCGCGAGGGUGGCCGUGAAGAUGGGCCUCGCGGAUCCUUCCGUUAUCAAACGGACCGUCGACCUCUGCGAGAAGUACCACCUGCCGACCCAAAUCCCGCCGGACCAGUCCGUGGACCGCAUCAUGGCCAAGCUCCCCUACAACAAGACCUGGACCCAGGAGGGCACGGUCAUGGCGCUCCUCGAGUCCACGGGCCGCCUCUUCAACGUCGACGCGACGUACCUCCUCCCCGUCGACGACGCGACGGUCCGCGAGGCCCUCGAGGAGACCAUGGCGCCGCGGGGCGCCGUCAUCCGCGGCGCGGGGUCCUCCGGCUUCCUCCGCCGCAGCAAGGUCUCGGAGACGGAGCUCCGCAACGCCGCGGACCGCCCCGUGCCCGGCGCGGGCUGGUCCGGCGACGCCGUGCCCCACGGCUGCGCCGCGGACGACCCCCAGCCCUGACAGUUGCGCCGCGGACGACCCCCAGCCCUGACAGUUCCCCCGGGUCCGCGUCCGCGUGCGACCCCCGCCACGCGUGUGGCGCCGUACAUCGCCCCUCUCCCCCCUCGACAUAAGAUUUUCCAGACUUG